ACCCAUUUUUAUUCGAGCAGGAUGAGCUCCCAACAAAGUUUACUGGUUGUAAUUACCUUACUGGGUACGAUGUUCCUCUUAAGUGACAUCAGCUCAGCUGAACAAUUUGAAGAAGCAGAAUGUAACCUGGUUGAGCAAACGGCUGGCAAAAUUGGCCAAGAAAAACCAACACCCACUGCACCAACAAUGGAAAACGAACCAAUGGUGGAGCAGAAAAAAAUAACACCAGGCAUAUUUGAGGAGGAUGAGGAGAGCGACCAUGAGCAACCGCAAGAAGCCGAGGAGCAAAAGAAAAUACCAGGAGAUGGAUAUGAAACCUACGAUUCAGAAGAAGCACAAAGACAGGAACCAAAACAGCCAUCGGUAGCGGCAUCAGAAUCCGCGGAACCUCAGGAAGAACCUGAUACCACAAAUACCUACAGCAAAACAAAUGAGGCCAUCGAUAAAGCAUUGAGAAAGGCGGAUGACAUAGAAGAUCCACAUUUGAAAGCAGAGGUUCAGAAUUACUUAACGGCGUAUUUGAAAAAUACCGUAAUUAGUGUGGUUAGCACUAUGGAAUUUUUCUCGAAGGUACAACCUUGUCUAAAGGAUCUAGACAAAGAUGUCAGUGAGAUCGUUAGCAGUGCCGACAAAGCUUUCAAGGAUUGUAUGUCUCAAGGUUCGGGCACACACACGAACUGCGUCGAUGCCGGUAAGGCAGGUCAAGUUGACAAAAUCAUCAACAUUUACAACACCGUAUCCAACUGUGCUAUUGCCAGUGAGACACAAUCGUAAGACAGGCGAAGCGGAAUCGAAACAACGAAAAAGCUUUCAAUUAUAUAAUUUUUGUGGUUUUUCCGCAAUUCAAAAAGCAUCUUUCAAUAUAAAUCUAGAAAACAAUA